UUUAUUUCGCAUUGCGUCCUGGUUCUUGUAGUCCAUUUUCUACCUUCCUCUGUUGUUGUCUCUGCAGAGCUGCACUGCUCCGCCACUAUGAUGUAUUCGGGCAGCUCAGUCUUACAACCACCUGAAUCUGGAAUGGGAGGAAACAAGAGGAUACCGUGUCCGCUACACGGCUGUAAGCGGGUAUACACAGACCCGGCCGCUCUGGAGAGCCACAUCAAGGACCAUGAGAUCGCAGCGCAGUCUCUGCCGGGAAAGGUGAUGCUGUGCUCCACGGUGGGGUGCAGUGGUUCCUUCCCCAACAUGCAGAAGCUGAUUGAACACAUGAGGCAUCACCACAAACCCAACAUAUUCUUCGUGUGUGAGAGUUGUCGCACAAAGUUGCGUUCCUACCGCGGCCUCCUGACCCACCUGCACACCUGCUCCAAAGUGAUGCGGGGGAAAGCCAAGCCCACUGAGCCAAACAUGGCCCCCAUGGAGGUGGAUCAGAAGCCCCCCUGGCUGGAAGCAGCAUCUGCCCCCUCUCAGAUCCUGAACCCAGACCCCUCCUUCCCAGCUGCGGUGAAGCCGGGGCCCGAUGGCCCCCCUCUCCUCGGCCCCCCCUUCAUGUCUAACCUGGAGCCCGCCCCCCCCCAUCCUGCUCCUCCAAAGCUCACAGAGGCGGCUCCACAGCCCCCCAUCAGGAGUGACGCCUCUGAUCUGACUCCGUCCUUACACUUUGGGGCCCCACCAUUGACUCCCACCCAGGGGCAGCACCCGACACAGACCAGGUCCCCUGAGGACGUCCACCCCGCUCCAGCAUCAGCUCCAGCAUCAGCUCCUCGCUCUCCUCCUGGGCCCUCGGCUGUGUGGAGGAAGAAUCAAGGGUCCUGCAGCAGCCGCAUCCUGUGGGAGCACACCAAAGGGCGCUACACGUGUGUGCAGUGUGGCCACAUGGUGAUCAGCCGUAAAGAGAUGACUCAGCACAUCUCCACUAAACACAGCAGGAACAAAGCUGCAGAAGACACAGGGAGCGCUGCCACCAACACGUAGAGAGGAGGCAACAUGUCUCUUGUUCUCCUCAGGAACUAAAGUACAUUACCCUUUUUAUUCUGCGUUGAAAGCCUGCAGCAGUGAUUCAUGAACUGAGUAUAUAUUUCAUUGAUUGCCACAAAGCACUUUUAUUGCUUCCAGGAAACCAUACGACUUUUCACCAAAUCUCAGACUGCUGCCACAUGUCCUCCUGCUCAUCUUUGAAGACUUUUCAGCUAAAUACAGUUCAUUACUAAUCUCACUAUUGGUGAAAAAUAAAGAGCUUUUUUAAGCAUGGAGACAUGUCACCGUAGAGGCACCAAAUACUAAUAUGAACCAGAAAAGGAGCAGAAUAUGGCCCCUUUAAUCAUUUGACUUCAGUGCAGGAGGCCAUUCUCGAGACAGAUGGAGAAUAAAAACUGCAAGAGACAUGCAGGACCUAGCCUAUUUACGAACCUUAAGUUGUCAUUUUUUGAAACUUCAAUUUAUAUUGUAUCAAAAUUAUUAUUAUCUGUUUAUAAAAAUGUUCUAGUCCUUGA